CCCCUGGUGUAUCACGGAUAGCGUCCUCCAUCCGACAUCUUUGAGAGAACGACGACUUCAAAGUGCUUUUCAUCGCAUCGGUGUACCUGGGCGCGCUCGGCAAACCCAUCGUCGGUGCGCUGCCAAUUUGCUGCACUGCAGAGCUUACGAGAUUCGUGCGACUCCACUGUGAGCAGCACCCUUGGUAUCUCGCCCCUUCGUCGCUACGCGAACAGAAGCUUGAAGAGGGGCGAAAAGUAACUCCUCGUUUACCACUCAGCUUCAGCACCCAUCACUAUACAUCGCAAAAAAGAGAUGGCUUCAAGUAGAAAGUUUUCUGGCUUGUUGCCUGGUAGCGGCGUUGCGUCCACGUCUCAGUGCGCUCUGCACUUACCUCGACGAGCAGCCAACACCUUUGCUUCGCGGCGGAGCGUCAGCAGUAGCUGUUUGGAUCGGACUAGGACUAGCAGAGCGACAGCACUCAGCUCGGCUGGCAACAGGUGUGCUGCACCGCGGCGUCAGCAGCUGGCCGCUGUGUGGGCUCCGGCGUCCCAGCAAGUUCGACAUUCGCACGUGGGCAAGCAGAGGAUCCGCAUUCCGCCCACGGCCAGCAUCGACGUACUAGACUUUCCGCCUCAACCGAACCCUUUGAAGCCUCUGCCGCAGACGUUGAAGGGACAAGGUUCUAUAUUGGUCAAGGGACCCGUGGGUCAGAUCUUGCUGCCCCUCUUGCCCAAAGUCUAUCUCUUUACGCGAAAGCAAGCACAAGGCUCGGAAACGGCUGGGUCGGCAGCUCCAAAGGCACCUGAUGCGGGAGGCAGCCCGCAAGAAGAAGACUCGCACUUGCUUGGUCCCGGACAGGGCAUCCCUGCCCUGGAUGUCGGUGGCGCGAACCAGUCAGCAACGCCAUCCAGCGAUGAGGCGUCAAGCAGGACGCUGUUCGUAGGCGUGGAGUCGAAGGAUACCAAAGAGGUCAGAGCUGCCUGGGGCACUACAGCUGCCAAGCUGCUCAACGCCAUCCAAGGAGUGACAGAAAGUCACAAAUUUCAACUCGAUCUGGUGGGCGUGGGUUACAGAGCUGCGCUGGAGGAAGAUCCUUUUCCCAGGCUAGACGACGUAGAGCUGGCGCUGCAAGCAAUCGAAGAGGGUUCCGCAUCCAAAGUCAAGACGCACUUUACCAGCUCGGCGCAGAACCAAUUCUAUGCUUCGCACGUGCAACAGUGGAAAGAAGCUCAAUCGACGGGCACGGAACUUGAUGCGCACGUAAAGAAAGACUCGGAUGGAAAGAGGGCAAGAUUGAGAUUGCACCUCAGAUUGGGUUACUCUCAUCCUGUCCUCAUUCCCGUGCCUCGAGGCGUCACGGUGGCUGUCCCAAGUCCUACCGUCAUCAAACUGUGGGGCGCGGACAAGGAAGAUCUGGGUCUGUUUGCUGCCUCUAUCAGGAUGUGGAGACGUCCAGAACCGUACAAGGGCAAAGGAAUAUACGUAAAUGGGGAGAAGAUACAGCUGCGCACUGCAAAGAAGAAGUAAUCGUAAUGGAAGGUCGAUCAGGGCAAGCAAGCGCGACUUUGCAUUCUCGCCAACAUCAUUCCUGCGCUGACGAUCAGUGCGCUCGUCAACUAAAGCGGGCGCAGACAGAGAGAUUGAGAAGGAGCUGAGGAUGUUAGGAGCAUUCAUUUGGGCUGUCGAGCAGCGAUGGCCCGCAAGAAUGCAAAUGUGUACUCUCUGAAAAGCCGCAAUUCGUAUGACGGUCAUGUCAAAUGCUUUACACCUGUCCAGACGGAUGUCAAGGUAUCUCAGGGAUGUUUUGG